AUGAACAUAUUGUUUACAGCAAAGGUGGAUUAUGUUGUGAGCUCGCACAGCCAGUCGAACAUCAUGUCCUGGCCAAAUUCUUGGUCAUCAACGCAACCGCCAGGUUUGGCUCCUGGAUAUCCGCCACCAAUGCCAAGUACUCAAACAGUUCCAGCAUCGGCACCCGUGCCCAAUUACGGCGUUAGUUCCGACCAGUACAAUCAAUGGCAGUGGCAACAGUAUCAACAGCAAUAUGCCCAAUGGUAUGCUCUGUAUGGGGAGAAAUAUGCACAGCAGACAGGAAGCACUCUUCCGCCUGUAGCCUCUCCCAUGCCGCAGACCAUGCCCAGUGUAAUACAUAAUCCUUACCUAUCGGCACCUCCUGCUGUAUCAACAUUUACUUCAAUAAGCAUGACUGCACCUCCGCCGCCUUCAGAGCCCCAUCCUGAUGAGUUAAAGUUAAUGAAAAAUCGUCAAAAACCACCCUUACCAGAGGAGAAAAGUGCGGAAGAGAUCGCCUUCGACGUGCAAUUUCGAAAGUGGGAAGAGGAAUUCGAAACAUGGAAACGUACAAAUAUUAACCACCCAGAUAAAGCAGCUUACACAGAGUAUGAGCAAAAAUAUGAAGAUCAACGUAAAAAACUUCUAGAUCAUCGUGAGCAAUUGAGGCGCAAGCGAAUCGGACAGACAGUUGGUACCCACAGCGGUGUGAAAGAAUCCAUGGCAGUUACUUUGAUGCAACCUCCACCGCCGCCUCCGUCGCAAGCUACACAAGCAGGGAUAUCAAAUUUGGAAGUAAUGAAUAAUGGAAGUAGAGAAGCAAACAUUUCGGGAAAGGAAAAAACUCGCCAAAAUAUAGACAAUGCAGUGAAUAAUUUGCAUUUGCAAAAUGUAUUUAAUUAUCCUGCAAAUGGUGGGAUACCGGGGCUGGAUCUCAUAACAGAGAGUCCACCGGUACCCAAGAAAGCCAGAAUAGAUGAAAAUGUAAUCAAUUUAGUGGACGAUGAAGCAGAAGCUCCUCCUAAUGUGGAUAAACCAUGUACAGAUAACAUGAUCAGUUCUUUGCUGAAUGAUCCAAACGUGAAUGCUUUGCUUCAGUUAGUAGGAAAAACGAUUUCUGGAAACGGUCAGAAUGUUAACAUUGGCGGCACAGCUAAUUCUUUAGUUGCUGCUUUGGCCCAACUAACAAACAACACCAACUUGGGAAAUCAAAACAAUACGCAACAAAGCUCUGUUAAAAGUCCAAAUUGUACGGCCGCAGGAAAUGGAGUACAAACGAAUGUGUCCAGAUUGGUGGAUACUUGCAGCGAAGGUACAAACAUCAAAUCAUCUAAAGAGUCACAAAGUUGCAAUAUAACUCAAAGGUCGGCGGAAAGUAGCUUGCAAUAUUUCAAUCCACGUGUUCCUCCACCACCGUUAGAUAUUGAUCUUUCUCGGCCACCACCUUCGAUACGGCCGAGCAGCAAGUCCAAUCGGGAACAGUUUGAUAAAAAAACCGAACAGCUACAGGAAAAUGGUUCGUUCAACGGGAGAUAUUCUAUAGAGGGAACGCCUUUGCCGAAGAUACCACGGUUCGAUCGACCACCGCCUCCACUGGCAACUAGAGCAGCAGAAGAAUAUGAAAUAGACCCAGAAUUAGGACGUCCCGUAGCUGUGCCGAAACCCGAUUGGAUGACAGAAGAAGAAUAUCAGGAAAUAUACGAUCGUUUCGAGCACGUGCAAAGUUUCGAUGAGAGGAAAAACAAAAUGGAGUUUGCCAUUCAAAUGCUGAAGCAACACAAAGCUCGCGAAGGGAUGCUACCACCUGAAGAACAGGCCGGAAGUAAUCAAACUCGUAUUAGUAUGCCCAAACCUUUGGUCAAGACAGAAGAGAAAAUUAAAUCCACAGAAGAUUUUUUUCAGCCACAACAAGUGUUUGAUUAUUCCAACUGUAGGAAUAUGACAGAAGUCGGUCAUAAAAUGGUUGCUGGACGAAUCAUUGAUUAUGAUCAUCGGGGAGUAAGUCAGAAUAACGCAAACAUUAAUAAUCGUUUCGUAAACCGGCGGCAAGGAUUUCGUCAUAUGGAUAAGAAUAAAAAUCUUCCUGAAGAAGGAAAUGAAAACGGCUUAGUAUCAAGCACUCAUCGUUUCGAUUAUAAUCAUUCGAGAGUAGGAAAUGUAUCGAAUAUUGCUUCUGCGGAUCCAGCACAGCUACGCCAAAAAUGGCAAUUAUCAAAUCAUCCUCCGUCGACUGAUCGGUCUGUGUCAGGUAUUGAGAAGCUUGCACAGAUGCACCUUAAUCCUAAUCCAGACGAAAGCAAUCCAAAUUAUCCGAGCAAAUUUCUUCUCAUGAAUGAUAAUCGUCCUAACUGUCUUAGUACCAAACGAGGCAAACGACCAUCUUCAAUACGAAAGCAGAAACUGAAACAAAUUCAACAACAGAAAAGCAAUAGCAUUUUGCCAGCUAACAUAUGUAAACAGGAAAUGGUGUUAGCUCUAGAAGAUUUAAGCUCGGAUGAUGGAAAUGAGGAAAAUACAACAAACGAAGAUCACAAUAUCCAAAAAGGUACACCACUAGUAAAACAAGAGCCAACCGAUGAGCGACCUGAAUCAGAAGUGUCAUCGUUGUCUUCGCAAAAUGCAUAUGGGUCACAGAUGGUUGAUAUCGACGAUCUCUUGCUUCCACCAGGGCGGUAUUCACGUCCAUCCAGAAUAUGUUUGCUGAUCCGGGGUUUGCCGGGCAGCGGGAAAUCGUAUUUGGCACGGCUUAUUAAAAAUAAGGAGCAAAGCUUUAGUUCCUCGCCUCGGGUGUUGAGUCUCGACGAUUACUUUUUAGUCGAUAAAGAGAAUGAAGAGAUAGACGAAGUGACUGGAAAGAAGGUCAAAUCGACACAUUCGCUAUAUGAAUUUGACAAAGACAUGGAGGAUAUUUAUAUACAGAAUUUGAUCAAGGCUUUCAAGAGAACUAUAUCAGAACGAUUGUUUAACUUUGUGAUUGUGGAUUGCUGUAACCACCAGUUAGAGAUUUACUGCGAAUUUCAUAACUAUGCCAGAAGCAAUGGAUUCAAGGUGUACACGUGUACAAUGCAAACAGAUGUAGAGGAUUGUGCAAGACAAAAUAUUCAUGGUCGAACUGCAGCAGAGAUUCAAGUGUAUGCCGAUGAUUGGGCAAUGGCACCCGAUGAGCAUGUGCAAAUAAAUUUUAGCUCUCUGUUUGUGUCAGAAAUCGAAAACUUGUCGGACACCAACACUACUAUAGUGGAUAUGGAGCUGGCUGCACCGGAAGAAGAGUCGAUUGCAGAAAAAAAUGUCCAUCAAUUUGAGCAUGUAAAUACAGCUCUCAAUGAAUCCAACGAAGACUGUCCGGAGGUUAUUGCUGAGUCUGAGUUGUUCGCGAGUAAAUGGGACCACGACGCCAGUGAGCAGAACUUAGCAAAACUUGAUGGAAUCAGUAAACCCCUAAAACGACAGCCAACUCUGGAGGACUAUUUGCAGCUGGACAGUGAUCUCGAAGAUGAUGACGAAUGCAGGGAUAGCGUGGAAGGUUGUCGAAAGAAAAAACGUGUGCGUUGGGCCGACAUCGAGGAACAAAAGGCGCAGAAAAAAAUGCGAGAUCUAGGUUUUGUUGUUGGUGCGACGAAUUGGUCUCGAAUGAUGGAUCCGACUGAGGGUAGCAGUGCGCUUACCCAGACGAGAUACAUAGCAAGGGAGCGAAAACAGUCCUAAUGCAGACACUACUAUAUAACGCAAGAAGAAAGUAAAUGAAAUCUAACCGUUAUAAGUAGAGUAGGAAACCUUACGUAUGCUUAUCGAUAUAAGGAAUCGCGUAAUGGUGGUGCAACUGUUUACUAUAUAACAUUUAUUAGUAAGGAAUGCAAUUGAGCCAGCUUUUCAUGUUUUAUGACCACUACAUGGAACAAUCUUUGCUUGAUGAAGUUUUCUAGAGAAUUAAUUCAUUGGAUGGAUGAAUUGUUCAUCGUAAUUCAUUGUGCAUAGACACCUAAGAAAGGAUGGUACUAUGACAAAUUAUAUAGGAUAACUUUUGGAGGCAAUGUGUAAUAUACGACUUUAGUGUAGAGAUAAUGUUUCUAAAAUUGCAGUUUAAUUAUUGUAAUGCAAAUAUAACUGA